AUGAGUAAAUAUAUGAAAAUGUCAAGCACUUCUAGGAAGAAGAUUUUAAUUGGUUGUACUGGUAGUGUUGCGACGAUUAAAUUGCCACAGUUAGUAGAGAAGUUAUGGCAGAACAAUUUGGAGGUGAGAGUGGUGGUCACUGAGAAGGCCAAGCAUUUCUUGAAAGAGGCAGAACUACCUCCAGGGAUUCAAGUGCUGUCAGACACGGUAGAAUGGGCAGCUUGGCAAGACAGGGGUGACCCUGUGUUACACAUUGAUUUGGUGAAAUGGGCCGAUUUAUUUCUAAUUGCUCCGUUAGAUGCUAAUACCCUCGGUAAAAUGGCCAGUGGUAUAUGCGACAACAUCCUAACUUGCGUCGCACGUGCUUGGGACCCAAUGAAGCCUCUGGUCUUCUGCCCUGCCAUGAACACAAAAAUGUGGGAACAUCCUGUUACUGCGCCACAGGUAGCUUUGUUGAAAUCUUGGGGAUACAAGGAAGUUGCAUGCAUUUCCAAAACUCUCAUGUGCGGCGACGUAGGCAUAGGUGGAAUGGCAGAAGUAGAUACUAUUGUUCAUACUGCAUUGAGAUUGCUUAACCCUUGGGACCCGUAUUCGCCUCCGGAUUUUCGCCUUUAGCAUCAGGAAGCAGAAGCAAAACGUUCAACGAAACUUUAUUGUUAUUCGUAUAAAAAAACGUGAAAUAUCACGUGAGAAAAAAAAGAAAGAUUAAUUAAAAGUGGAAAAAUAAUCGCGCACUAUGGUGGGAUUCAAGCAAUUUAUGCUCAUAGUGAAAUUCGAGUUCAACGACAAGUUUUAACCUGUAAGAUUACGCUUUCCCGAAUGCACUGUAGUCGCGAUAUUUCGUUGCUCAAAUGAAACUUCUAAAACAAUUGCUUUGAGAAAAGUGACCGAAGCGGAACCUGUUUGUCCAUUCGCCAAAGUAAAAUGUAAAAAAAAAAAAAAACUGUAAAGACAUUCUGUUAACAUAUCGUUCGACGUUGAUUCGGUAAAUAAACAUGUACAUGUUUUUGUUAAAUAUAUAAGUUAAAUCAGAUAACUAUA